AUGCUGCUUUCCCUCAUCUCCGUCGCCACGGGCGCCAUGAACAUCACCCAGGACGAUCUCGCCUGGUCCGUCUUCGACGCCGACAGCACCCGCGCCUGGAAGGCCUGGACGAAUGCCCGGGAGCUGGCCGACCCCGAGAGUGCGCAGGACAGGCGUCUUUCUGGCAGUGGCCCGCCCGCCGACAAGCCAGACGGAGGGCUGGUGGACUACGAGUUCGGCGGUUCCGAGUGGUGGAGUUUCACGUUCUUGUACAAGAGCGACCUGGCUGGGUCCGGGAACGUGUUCACCCCGGAGCGUCUGCAGGAGAUGUGCCGCCUGGAGGCCCUGGUCUCGAGCCAGCCGUCCACCUGGGUGGUCAGCGACUCUGCGGCGCGACUCUUCUACGAUGGCCAGGCGGAGCAGGACAGCUGCGCCCUGCUGGCCCAAGGCACGGUCACUGCAAGACUAGAUGUGAUGUUUGCGGACGUGUCCGCAAACGGUCCGAGCUCGCAGUACGCGAGAUUCGUCCAUCCGUCAUUUGCCUCCACUGGUGAGAGCGCCUACAGCCGCACGAGCAUGUCAAUCACAGGCGGAGACAAGGACGAGAAAGAGCACAAGAGGGAGAUCACGGAAGACGUCAUCCUUUCGGAUCUCGGCCUCUCUUAUGGUUUUCUUCGUUCUGCAUUGCAGGUUGAGGAGGACCGAUUUCAGCCGUCUGGGCCGCUGAGGGUACGUCUAGCGUACAGGUCUGAAGAGAUUGAUUGGAUGAUCAAUGAUGAUUUCACGCUGGCCUUGGGUGCAGUAUUAGUUGUUUUCCUUGUGAUCUACCUGCAUUUGCAAUCUUGUUUCCUGGCCUGCACGUCGAUACUUCAGAUUCUGAUGUCGUUGCCAGUCGCCUCAAUCUUCUACACGUAUGUGUGGGGGGUGAGCUUCUUCGAUUUUCUGCACAUUCUGACUGUCUAUCUGGUCCUCGGUAUCGGGGCUGAUGAUGUCUUUGUGUUGUUCGACGCGUUCCGGCACGUUUCCGAGGAGCACCCAUUGGGAAACGGCCUCCGUUACAGCGAGAAGACGCUUGCACAUAUCUUGCAGACCACCCUCGAGCGCAGUGGCCAGGCGAUAUUCAACACGACCUUCACCACCACCGUCGCGUUCCUGUCCCAGUCGGUAUCUGCGCUCAUGCCGAUGAGGACGCUCGGUUAUUACGCAUCGACGUGCAUCGCCAUGAAUUUCGUUUUCACGAUGCUCUGGACGCCGUCUGCCCUGAUAAUACACCAUAAGCGCCUGGAGGGCAAGAGGUGCUGUUGUCCCGGGCUCUUGGAACGCCAUGAGGAUCUCGGCGUGGCGGGUGACACCGACAAGGAGGGAGCCCAGGUCCAGUCACGCUCAAGGGGCGGGCUGAGCGGAUGCAUCGAGAUGUUCCUGCAGAAGGUUUACAUUCCGAUGAUGCGCAAGCAGGUUGCGGGUGUCCGCGUUGUCGCUUUGGUAGUAAGUAUAGUCGUGCUCGCGGUGGCAAUCCAGGGCGUGUACUUCACCUCCCAGUUGACGCCCCCAACAAAGGCUGAGGUGUGGAUUCCUGACAAUCAUAUGCAUUUGGAGGUUUCACAGUUCUGGUCGAACACUUUCUACGAGGCCGACUACGAGAAGUAUGCCAUCAUCACUUUCACGUGGGGCAUCUCGGGCCUGGACGACUCCGAGCUCUCAGAGUAUGAGCCGAGCAAGACGCCUCCGACGGCUACGUUUGAUCCUGCCUUCGACAUCACCACUGCCGCGGCGCAUGCAGAGAUCCUCGAGGUCUGCGCGGAGAUGCAGACCCUCAAGUGCCAGCUGGAGGGCUGCCAGGGCUACGGGGACACCCUGAUGAUCAGCACCCAGGACAAGGCGUACUCGUGCUUCCUCGAGGACGGACAUGAAGGAUUACUUCGGAGGAGGCGCCUUGCCCACGGGCGACGCCUUCCUCGAAAAGCUCGAGGAGUUCAUUGA